AUGGUCGAAUAUAACGCCCUGCUCAUUAGGCUCAGUUUUGCUAAAGAGCCGGGGGUCGAGUACCUUAAAGCUUUUGGUGAUUCUCAGCUGAUAAUCAACCAGGUUCAAGGAGAGUACGAAGUUAGGAACUCCCACCCAAAAGUAAGGCUCCGCCUUCCUCAAAUGCCGCCGCCGUCAACCGCCGCCUCCGAGCGCCUCCACCGCCUAGUCGCUCCGGCGACCUCGACACCGCCGCUCGCCUCCUCCUCUCCCUCCCCUCCUCCAGAUGUCGCCCUCAACAUCCCCCCUGACGUCAGUCACCUCAACGUCCUUAUCUCCGGCCUACUGCCAAAGUCCGGCGACGCCGACUCCGCCCUCGCCCUCGCUUCCAUGCACCCCCUCCCCCCCGACGCCGUCACGUUCAACACCCUCCUCCAAUCCCUCUCCCAGAAAUCCGAGAUCGGUCACUCCCUCAACCUGCUCGACGAAAUGCUCCGGCGGAACAUCACCCCCGAUGUCUUCACGUACACCAUUCUAAUCGAAUCGAUGUGCAAGUCCAACGGCGUAGCCGAAGCGAUGAAGUUGCUCGAUGAGAUGCGGCAAAAAGGGUGCGCGCCGGAUGUGGUUACCUACAAUGUGAUUGUUAACGGGAUGUGUAAGGAAGGGAAGAUUGACGAGGCGAUUGAGUUCUUGAAUUCCAUGGCGAGGGUUUAUGAUUGUAACCCGAACGUGAUCACGCAUAAUAUAAUCUUGAGGAGUAUGUGCAGCACGGGGAGGUGGAUGGAUGCUGAGAGGCUUUUGGAGGAUAUGGUGGGCAAAGGAUGCGCGCCGAGCGUGGUUACUUUCAAUAUCUUGAUCAAUUUCUUGUGUAGGAAGGGGCUUUUGGGGAGAGCUAUUGAUGUUUUGGAGAGGAUGAACGAUCAUGGGUGUGCGCCUAAUUCUUUGAGCUAUAACCCAAUACUUCAUGGGUUUUGCAAAGAAGGGAAAAUGAAGAGGGCAGUCGAGUAUUUGGAUAUAAUGGCGUCGAGAGGGUGUUACCCUGAUAUUGUGACGUAUAAUACUUUGCUCACGGCUCUUUGUAGGGAUGGGAGAGUGGAUGUUGCGGUUGAGAUGCUUCGUCAGCUUGGGAGCAAGGGCUGCACUCCGGUGCUUAUAACCUAUAAUACGGUGAUUGAUGGGUUGUCAAGGGCAGGGGAUACGGAAAUGGCGUUAGAGCUGUUGAAGGAGAUGAUGGAGAAAGGGUUGAGGCCCGAUAUAAUCACAUAUUCUUCAAUCGUUGGUGGGUUUAGUAGGGAAGGAAAGAUCGAUGAGGCGAUUAGGGUUUUUAAUGAGUUGCAGAGGUUGGGGAUUAGACCGAAUGCAAUAACUUAUAACUCGAUUAUAUUGGGCCUUUGUAAGGCUAGGAGGACGGAUCGGGCUAUCGAUUUCUUUGCUUAUAUGGUGACCAAAGGGUGUAUGCCUACGGAGUCAACCUACACUAUUCUCAUUGAGGGGUUGGCUUAUGAGGGUAUGUCAAAGGAGGCGUUGGAGUUGCUUAGUGUGUUGUGUUCUAGAGGUGUCGUGAAGAAGACUUCUAUGCAGAACGUGGUUGUUAAGAUAUAGAUGAGAGUUUUAAGAGUGCAGAGCAGCAGGGUAUAGUGGGUGAUGGUUACUUGUGGAUUUUAUUGGCCGCUCCCCUAAGAUUGUGAAUCGAUGGACUUUCUAUGGGACGCAUUUCACUGACAAGAUUCAUCACUACUUUAGCUACUUUAGCAGGGAGGUGAAGAUUGACUUUGAUAUUGAGAUGCUUUCUCGUGCACCCUAUUCUGAUAAUCAUGCACGAUAUAUUUAUUUCUCGAAGGAGUUAUGAAGAAGAUGCUGAUGCAAAAUAUGGUUCUUUCAGCUCUGUAGGUGGAGUUUAUUGCUUGUGACUAUAAAAACAGCAAGCAAUGUUUUAUAGAAAAUACUUUUGUUGAUUGUUUC